AUGAAUCAACGGAAUGAAACAAAUGAACAACACGAAGCAAAGAGUGAAAAAGAAUUGGAGACUCGGAAGGAGUUGAAUGAAUCGAAGGAAGAAAUGAAUCCGGAAUCAAGCGAUCUUGUUGACACAAAGGAACUCAAAGAAUCGAGUGAACCAAAAGAGUCAGAUAUUGUGAAUCAAAUGAAUGAGCUCGCUGAAUCAAAUGAUAAUGUUGUUGAUUCCGUUGAACCAGACCAAUCGAAUAAACCUAUUGAAUCUAUCAAGUCCGUCGAAUCCAAUGUGAAUGAGAAAUCCAAUAUUGUUGUAAAAUCAAAUGAUUUGACGGAAGAAGAUUUUUCCAAUGAGCUGAAUACUGUUGAGGAGUCGAACAAUCGUGUGGACUCCAAUGAACCAAUCGAAUCGAAAGUCAUCAUUGAGCCGAAUGAACCUAUUGAGCCCAUCGAUCAGAAUGAAAUCAAGCAGGAAGAAUUAGAAAUCCCUAUUGAGUCGAACGAGCUCAUGGAAGUGGAGAUCGACACGAAAUCUGCUGAUGUUCCACAGGAAGAUGUUCAAUUGGAUGGAAAUGAUUCAAACGAUUCGAAUGAUGUAAAUGAUUCGAAGAAGAAGAACAUCACAUUGAAUCAAAUGAAGUGGAAGAGUCAAAUCAAAUGA